AUGACCACGAUAUCCAAGGCGAUAUCACACCAUGUACGACUUCGACCUUCUCACCCGAACGAUGGAAAGCCCAAUCCCGAUAGUAUCAAGAUUAGUGGGAAUAGUAUUAAAGCAUUGAACAAGGAAGGGGACAAAAGAUACCAUUUCGAUCUUGAUAAGUGUCACGGCCAGACCAGUACGCAGGAAGAGGUGUUCCAUAGCGUACGACCCAUCAUCGAACAAGCGUACAAUGGCCAGAACCUUACGAUCUUCACUUACGGAGUGACAGGAUCAGGUAAAACACAUACUAUGCAGGGAUCCAGAGAAGACCCAGGGAUCAUACCGAGGACUGUGCAAGCAAUCUUUCGCCAACGAUCGGAGCCGCGUUCAUCAACGUUGAGCAUUGCUUUUUCUUACGUAGAAAUACUCAAAGACGAGGUAUAUGAUCUCUUAGGUGAUCGGUCCGAGCCACGAAAAAGGGAUAUAAGGAUGUCCGCCGAGGGACUGAAUAUCAUUCCAGAUCUGAUCGUACAACCUAUCAACUCUGUGACAGAGUUUGAAGUUAUAUACGAGGUUGCCGCCAAAACACGUAAAACGGCUUCUACCAAGCUCAAUUCGUCCUCAUCUCGAUCGCAUGCCAUUUUAACGCUCUAUCUCGAUAUACUCGAAGACGGCAAUCCGUCAAAUCGAAAAUGUGGUAAGAUUUGUUUGGCGGAUCUUGCUGGAUCUGAGAAUAACAAUCUCACUGGAAAUAAUAAAGAGAGAAUGCGAGAAAGCUCUGCUAUCAACACAUCCUUAACAACCUUGGGCAAAGUAGUAGAUGCUUUGAACCUGAAUGCUGAGAGGGGAAACCGAGAUUCGGCGGGAGUAUUCGUCCCUUACAGGGAAUCGAAGUUGACCAGAUUGUUACAAGAUGCUCUUGGAGGUAGUUCUCAGGGAUUGUUAAUCUGCUGCUUGGCUCCUGGCGAGAAGUUUGCUAGAGAUACGAUCAAUACUUUAAAGUUCGCAAAAAAAUCCAAAUCUGUCGAAAACCGAUUACCAGUCGCAGACAAUAGUCAACGAAGAGCUUCCGCACCUCUUCCUCGCGCUAUCAAGCCGAUCAAUACUAAUGCAGCUCUCAAAGUGCAUGUCGCACCCAGACAGUCUGCACCAACAGGCGGUCGAACUGCCCUGUCUAGUAUUUCAACUAAUUCGAGACCAGCAAGAACGAUGAUGGGCAGAAACCAGACCGGAAAAGAGAACGAUCUGGGGGUUUUCGUCAAGCAGGAGAAGGGAAUUGAUAUUAAGGGGUUGACAGAUGAGCAGCUCAAUCAAAAGAUUCAAGAAAUUGUCAGUCAAGAGAUAGAGAAGGAGAGGAAUGACCCUUCCACCACAACUCAAUCAUUAAAUGUCGUUUUCGAAUUGCCUAAAAUUGAAAUGACGAGAGAGGAGAUUGAUGUGGACUCCUUCUCGGCUGAAGAAAGAGAAACAAGAGCCAGGGUGAUCGUUUCUCAUGCUAGGAAAUUACAUCAUAGGGGCGAUGUUCAACAAGCUUUAUCGCUCUACAAGAAAGCUUACGAGUACGUACCGACUAAUAAGAAAUUGUCAACCAGAAUAACCGAAAUACAACUUGCUCUAGAAGGUAUAUUACCUCAAGGUACGAAGGUAGCACAACAGAAAGAUGAGAUGAGGAAGAGCGGGGUGAAGAGAUGUUUGGGACAUUUAGAUAAUCUUGCUGAUAUCAGUCAAGAAUCCCCGAUGAAGAAAGGGAAAUGCUAA